GAUUUAUAAAUGUGUUAUUUAAUUUCACGCAUCAAUUAGAAGAAGAAAUCUGAAACUCUUUUAGAAACAUAGAAAUUAUUGAGAAAUCAUUUUUAUUCCGCUUUCAUGGUUUCCAUAACAUUCUAUAUUAUUUAUUACAUCUCCCACAUUAGAAGCUUCUACAUAUGACGAAUAGCAUAGGUUAAAGAAUGACUUUUUACUGGAAUUUUGAUUUGUCUUCUUAUUUUUACUUUUAUUUUUUUUUUUCAUUUUUUGUUUUUACCUAUUAAUUGGACCGCAGAAUUUCCACAAGAGCAAUCAAGUUCCUUUUUCACAAUGAUUUCAAAAUUUUCCUUUACACUUUUUUCUUCUUUAUUAUUUUGUUUUUGCAGUAACUUUCUUGUAUUUUACUUAACACAUUAGUAUAAAAGAAAAUUUCAAAGAUCCUAUUGAAUUUAGUCUGAGCUCAAAAUUCACUUUAAAACGUAGUGGAACUACGGACAAAAUCAUUUACCAAAUACAGUUUUUCUUAUCAAAAUUUAAAUAAAAAAAAUAAUAAUAAAAAUAUAAAAUGUCACUAUUGUUCGUAAUAACAUUUUUAUUAACACUCGGAUAUAUAAAAUCUAUGUCAAUACCAUCAAUACAACAUGAAGCACAACAAGAACAACUAUUUGAACCGGACAAUACAAUUUUAAUAGAUUCAAGUGAUAUUUUGUCAUCCGGUAGAUUUACAAAUGAUUUAAAAAAUAAUAAAAAUUUAAUUGAAAAAAUUUUACAAGCACGAAAUUUACCAAAAAUGAAUAGUGAAAGUGAUUAUAUUGAUGGCUUUACAACAGAUCAAGAAAUAAAAAAACGUUUUGAGAAAAAUAAUUUGAAAAAUUCUGAGGAGCUGGUAAAUUAUCAAAGCAGUCAUGAAGAUUGUAGUAAAAAACAUUUAGCAGAUGUUAAAUUACUUGAUGACGAUUAUGAGAUUCUAAUGCAAAAAUAUAAAUUAAUGCAAAAUAUUUUAGCUUCAUUAGGAUUCAAUUAUUUUGAAGAUUUAACAAAUUCUGGUUUAAAUUCAUCUGGGCGUAGAGAAGGUCCUCUUUAUGCUGAAGAACCAAAAUAUAUUGUUAUACCAAAGGAUGGUGGAAAUGAUUUAUUAGAUUCAUCAGGAUUCAAAGAUUUUUUCAUACCACCAAGAGGCAGAAAACAAAUGCCAUUACUAGAAAAAAUUAAAAAUCAUUAUGAAUUAUUUGUACCGAACCGUGGAAAAAAAGCAACAAAUACAAAAAAGGAUAAAAUUAAGGAUAUAUUCAAAUAUAACGAUUUAUUUUUUCCGAACCGUGGGAAAAAGAAUGCACUUAAUGGGAGAAAUAUUUUACUCAAAAAAAAACAAGUUUUCUAAUUUUUUAUGUAAUUAAAUUACUAAUCUAUAAAAUAUUAUUGAUAAUGCAAUUUUGAAAGCAAAAAAAAAGAUGAAAAAGAGUUUAUAAAAUUUAGAAAAAAAAAAUCAAAUUACAAAAAAAAAGUGAAAAUUAAACUCAGUAAGGGCUGGAACUGAUUUAAUUUCAUUUGAAAUUUAAGUACAAUUUAGCCAAAAUGUAAUCUUCUCUGUUUGUAAAUUAAAUUAUUAUAGCUGAAAAAUGAAAAACAUAUCAAGAAUUGUGAAUAUUUUAUAAUAAAAUAUUAUAUAGGGGGCACAUAAUCUAUUCAUAUUUGAAAUUAUAUUAGAAAUUUAUUUGAAACUUUAUA